GCAAAGUGGACUGUGCCGCCGGUCUUAACCAAUCAAAUGCUUUGUUUUGGUACCGGCCCCACUGUCGGAAAGAUCACAUCUUUCCGUACUUUGACCAUAAUGACACAGCCAACGAUUCUGACAUUGACAGAACUAGAAAACAGAGGUUUGUCGCUGGACCCGGAUUUCCUCGUCCCCUUGUUGACGAUUCAGUGUUGCAUUUGUCAUGGCGCAGGAAAAUCUGUCUGUGGUGCUUCACUCUCAGGGAGACCUCAGGCUGGAAAAUCGGUCCGUCCCAGAGCCAGGACCUAAUGAGGUUUUGAUCCAGAUGCACUCUGUUGGAAUCUGUGGAUCAGAUGUUCACUACUGGCAACAUGGCCGAAUUGGGCACUUUGUGCUCAACAAACCAAUGGUGUUGGGGCACGAGGCAUCAGGACGGGUGAUGAAGGUUGGAUCAGCAGUCAUGCACCUUAAAGAAGGGGACAGAGUGGCCAUUGAGCCUGGGGUGCCUCGUGAGAUGGAUGAGUUCUUCAAAAAUGGAAGAUAUAACUUGUCUCCCACCAUCUUCUUCUGCGCCACACCCCCUGAUGAUGGAAACCUGUGCCGAUACUACAAGCACAAUGCCAACUUCUGCUACAAGUUGCCUGAUAAUGUGACAUUUGAGGAGGGAGCUUUAAUCGAGCCUCUGUCUGUGGGGAUCCACGCCUGUCGCAGAGCCGGUGUAACUAUCGGCAGCACUGUGCUCAUUUGUGGUGCAGGACCUAUUGGGCUGGUCUGUUUGCUUGUGGCUAAAGCAAUGGGGGCCUCCCAGGUUGUGAUCACCGAUCUGCUGCCCGAGCGUCUGACAAUGGCCAAAGAGUUGGGUGCUGAUUUCCAGCUGCCUGUGAAGGGAGGACAUGGACCCCAACAGCUCGCCAAGACUGUAGAGGACACACUUGGAGCGCAGCCUCACAUUACUAUUGAAUGCACAGGCAAUGAGAGCAGCAUCCAGACUGCCAUCUAUGCAACACAUUCAGGAGGCGUGGUGGUGUUGGUGGGCCUUGGCUCUGAGAUGUCCACUGUUCCUCUGGUCAACGCUGCCGUGAGAGAACUGGACAUCAGAGGAGUCUUCCGCUAUUGCAACACUUGGCCGACAGCCAUAGCCAUGUUGGCGUCUGGUAAAGUGAAUGUGAAGCCCCUCGUGACCCACCGUUUCCCUCUGGAACAGGCAGUCCAGGCCUUUGACACCACGCGUCAGGGUUUGGGGAUAAAGGUUAUGUUAAAGUGUGACCAGAAUGACCAGAGCACCUAAUCUGACCCGAGAGACAAAACAGACCAGCUGACUCAGCAUGGCAUCCAUAAACUGGACUUUAACUCAAAGGAAAGAUAAGUUUGUUCAGUGGGACACACUAAUAGCAGCACUGUGAAGGACAGCUGACUGCUGUGUUACUUACAGCGUCAAAUGGUACGAGUAAUUUAUUUUGAUAGUCAAUUUUGUCCUAUAACCAACUUUUAAUUUUUCUAUAUAUAAUCUGCCAUUUCUUGCAUUAGAAAUUUCAGAUAUUUUGAAAUACUGUAACAUAAAAACUUUAAAAUAAUUUAAUUGAAAUUACAAAGUGUGAUGCAUUUCUUUUGUACAUUAGAUCCUGCACUUCCUAAAUGUAGCCUUUAGGGGGAAUCAGAGGCUCAAAGUGGAAUCACUGACAGACACUUGUACUGUUUUGUAGUUAUUAUACAAGAAAUAUGUACUUUUCAGUUGUGUACCAACAAG